GUCCCACCGGACUCACGUGUUUUUGUUUUGGUGUUAGGUUAACAAACUAUGGUAAAGAGAAGAAUUUAAUAUUACAUACCAAGUUCGUAUACCAAAAUGACAAAAAUGGAAUAAAUGAUACAAACGAGCAGAGAUUCGUAGCAAUCAAUGAAUCACAUUUUUUAGUAGCAUAGAUAAGUCUGUACGUGAAUAUAUAUAUAUAUAUAUAUUGUGCUAGUGAAGCAUUGACUAAACAUUAAUAAUGCAAAGAACUGACUUCAAAACACAGUUUCUACUCCAGUUGAACAAUGUGGAGCUGCCAUUGGACGAGAGGUUGCACAUUGCUCACGGAGCUUUAAUUUCACAAGAGUUUCCAUUGCCUGGCAAGGAGCAGGUCAUCAUUGACUGGUUCGCCCAUUGCCUGAAGGUGAACUCUUCUCAUCCAAAAGGAACCAUGAAGAAGCUAAUAAAAUGUAUGAAAAGUGACAGGUUGUUAACCUUCUGUGAUGCAGUUGAUGCCUCAAAGUUGAUUGAGGUUUGCAUCGCGUUGGAUGAGGACAUCAAACACAGAUACAGUAGACUACUGGUCAAACUGGUCUUGCUGCUGUUGAAGAUGCCAAGCUUUCAGAGGUACUGCAGAUUUGACAUCCUGCCGAUGACACAAGUGAUGGGAUUGGCUUGUGACCUCUUGAGCCGUAUGGACGGAAGUGGAGUAAGUUUAGAUGAUUCCACAGCAACUGAGAGUGAUGAGGAUCUGGUAACUACAGGACUGGAGGACUUAUUCAGCAGUAUUCUUAAUAUUCACAAAGUGACUCAACAGAGGGAUGAAUUAAAAUUGCGCUUUGUGAAGACGAUCCUGCCUGCUAUUCUAAAGUUAAGGUUCCAUUUUAAGAACUCAACACAAUUUCAUAUCUUAUUGGAAGAGCUUAUUAUUGGUGAAGAUAUAAACACGUUAUGUAUUGCGUUCAAGUAUUAUGGUAAAAACGAAACACGGCACAUUCCUGAGUACUUGAAAGCUAUAGUAAAGUACAUUGCACAAGAUGACGCACAGUGUGACGUUAUCACUCUCAAUUCAGUCAUUUUUGACGUCUACGUUCAGACCUGUCUGAAGUUAAAUGAAACCACAACAAAUCAUCUCACUCUUUUCUACAUAUUGGCUACCAGAGUUGGCUUCAAACUUGAACUGCCGUACGAAGUUCCUAUUGCUUGCAACGGCAGUGGCCCAACCCUCCUGGUGCUCGGUGAACUUGUAGCCGUCCUUCAGAAAUACAACAUUUCAGCAUCCACUGAAUCAGAGGAAGGAACGCUUUCAAACUAUUUGGUUGUUAUUCUGAAGCAACUAAUUUCGGAACAGUACCAAAUGUCCGCAGAUUUCCUGCGUACAGUUUACAGUAUUUUCCAAGUCUAUCCAGAAAGUGUCAAGCUCGUGUUCUUCGAGUUUGCUAAGCAUAUUAUGUUUGUCUCUAAAGAAAACUAUGAAGUUUCUAGUGUAUAUGACAGUCUAAUAGAAGAAGUGAUAAAGAUCUAUGCAGACUUGAAUCAAAUAGAAAAGUUUCUCAGUUCAUUUUUCCAUAAAGCUUUUCUUUUACAAAAAGAACAGGAUUUUAGAAAACUCACAUGUAGCACAGUGCUUAGUAAUGGGGUUUUCAAAGUGUUCUCAGAAAAACUCCCCUCACUGACAGGAAAUCAGUUGAAGACAAUAAUUGGUCGGCUUGAGAAGAUAUUUUUGAAAAAUUGUAUUCACGUUUUGGAGAGUGAUAGUGUGAUAGAUAGCAGCUUUUGUCUUAAUGUGGAGAUGCUGGUGAAAGUUAUCUGCUUUGUCCUUGAUAAUUCCUGUAUUGCUAUGCCAACUCGCUGGAACACGCUCAGUGAAGAAAUAAGCAGACUGGUCCUGUCCGUGCAGAGGUUUGGUGUUGCUGUUCUAAAGUCUCGUGAAAUAGAAUUACUUAAGGGUUUCCUUGAUCUGGUGAGGGCCACAGCUGGGAUAGAAAUGAUGAUGAACCAGUACGUUAUAUCACUGUCAUCAAUAAAACUCUUACCUACUGUCAAAUCCGUAGACAAGUCAGGAAGCGUGUUGAAUCUUGCCAGAUCUCAUGGAUAUCUCACACCACCCGAUUGGAAACGUAUUUCAGAACUCGUAGUGGAGUUUGAUGACCAACAGCUGAAUUAUUGUUGGUAUAACCUGCUCCUGCAGAAGUAUUUCAGAUGUGGUGAUGUGGAAGUGAUGACACACCUCGUACUGAACGCAGGGAGUGUAUGGCUGUGGGAGAAAGUGGAAUAUCUGUCUGUUGGAGUCCCCCAGAAACACCUGGAGCUGUACACAGAUCAGCUGAUCUCGGCCGACUCGCUAACAGCUGGCCAGUGUGUCGACAGGUUGGCCAUCCUGGGCAACGUUAAUGUGUUAAAGAACAGGGCCUUCAGGGUGACAAUGAGCUUACAGGUUUUGAAUCAUGUUAGUAAACUGAUACCUGACAAAAGUGCACUCUCUAGAAAAAUGAUGAAACUGAUAGACAUAGAGUCUGUGGUCACUAGUGAGGUUGGAGAGGGAUCUCGAGCUGUGGAUACUAUCGUGGACGCUGUAGCAGAAGUCAUGAACAAGUGUCCAUGGAACGAUCAACCAUUAGAUCUCAGUGACAACGUUAAGGAACAUUUGAUUAAGUUGAUGGACUUGCUGACUGCGCUGAGAACGUAUGGUUUAAAUAUUGGAACAAAGCAAAUUAUCUUCUUGGUCUUGGUUGGCAUCGCUUACGAUUUGAGAUCACAGGGUGGAGUGUUGCACUGCAUCCUCCAGCAUAUUUUAGGUUUACUGGAUGACGGUGAGUCACUCGUGGCAGAUAGUGUGGACCGGCGUGUGCUGGUAAACUGGCUGGCACUGGUGGUGCCGCUUGGCUACACGGCACGCCGACAGCUGGCACAGCUCACGGUACAGAAGGUGGUAUCCACACUGGACCGUUGUGUAGACGGUAUGACCAGUGUAUUGCAGGCAGACACUGAUGUGCUCCACGCCUUGCUGGAGACACUCACACAGGUUCAUGAAAGUAAGACAUUAAAGAAUAAGGAAGAAUUUACCAAAUUGGUAAGGCAAUUAAUUUCCUUAGUGUCACCAGUUGUUCUGAAUAAACCGAAAGCAAAGUUUUUGACAGUUUAUACUACUGCAUUGAAAGCUGAAUAUGUAUACUUCAAGGAAAAGCAGCCAACUUUACUUCAGAGUCUGACUGUCUACUUAGAAAUAUUGUACAAGAAACUUGUGGAAGAGCGGCUGGUAGAGUCAAAUGCAACAGAACUGAUAGACUUCACGCUCAGUACAAAGGACGGGAUAGACCCAGACAUUAUUAAGAAUGUAAACAGGUUUUUAACCGAUGAACUUUGCAAAGUGAAUCCGUGUCCAAUUUUGUGUUACCCAUCAACAGUGAAACAUUUCCUGGAGUCUCUUCCCACAGACAGCUUUGAGGACCUUCUCUGUAAAAUCUACAAAAAUCAACACAAGAGUUUAACGUCAGGAGAUGGAUCUUGUAGUGUGAGCAGUGUGUGUGCCAAGUGGAAUGUCGUACUCAGCGCUCAAGUGGAUAAAGACAAACUGCUGCUGAGACACAAGAUGGUGGCCAGAGUGUUGAGUGACUGUCUCCCACUCCUGGAGCAGGAUACUGCCUCAGUCGAGCCUGUUGUCUUGCAACUUCUACAUUCUAUCUCAGUUUCUAAAUCUGUGAUCCUUGCCGCUAAACUGUUGGACCACAUCCUGGUGAUAGUCGGACUGGCACCCACCGACUCGAAGCCUCACCUACUACCCCAUGCUCUCGCUGUCCUGGGAGCCCUGCUACACUCCCAGUCCGAGCUCAUCUAUGACAGGAUCCCAGCUUUCCUCCAGAGGUUACGGAAACUCAUGAUAUCAUUGGUCCUGGUGGCGGCUGCCGACUCUGUAGACAGUGUGGCUUACAACAACGUUAUCACUGACAGUAUCAACCAAUUCUCCAGAAUAAUCAAAUCAAUUGUAGAUCAACAUUCAAAACAUUUUGCUCGGAUAGCUCCGUACCUGAUAGCUGACGUGUUACAAUUUCUGUCCACACAUUCGAUUCAUCCUUUAGUCAAGGAAGAGUUGCGGAACUCUGUGUGUAGCCUGCUGACCAUCUGUGACGGCUAUGGCAAUCAGUUGUUGCAGAAUUUGUUGUCCCUGGGUGCAACGGAGUUGUACAAGGUCAUCAGUUCUACCUUCCGUCGCAGCUACAAAUAUACGGGAAAAGUGUAAUGCUAAAGCCACAUUGACCUUGUUGAGCAAGCCAUCUUUCAUGGCUAAUAGCUUCAAUUUGAUUUGAUAAGCACAACAACAUCGUAAACCUGUGGUACAACGGCUAAUAGUGGCCUAAAACUUUCAUUAUUGAAUACUAGAAGAUAUCAUUACAACAGGCUAUGUCUAUUGAUUUAAAGCUCUUAUAAGGACUCUACUAAGGUAACAACUGCUGGCUGAAACCAUUUCUUCAAAUACAAUAAAAAUCUACCAUUUUUGCCUUUAAAACUGCCUGAUUGUGCUACUCUCAACCAUACGUAUCGUUCCAUUACGUGUACAAAGUUCGCAGGGUGAUGACCACCUAUUCUCUGAAAGUGCUCUUGUCACCAUCCCAAAUGAGACAUAUGUGAUAGGCUUUUCAGACCUCCUCAAGACAGUACAGACACCUGGCUGAAGGCGUGUUACUAUCUUCUGCAAGUAAGCCCACUGAAGAGUUAAGUCAAGUAUUACCCAACCUAACUGUGUGUCUGAUUCAUUCACUACUUCAUGUCCGAGAUGAGAGUUGCAGUCCAUUAGCUUCUCACCUCCUUAUCACAUUGUCACUGCCAUUCUUGGACGAUGUGGUUUCUCUCCUCCUAGGUUAUCAACUAAUCCAGCCAGAGUCUUGGAGUUCAAUUGUGGUCUGGGUUCCUUUAGAUCUUCCUCUGAUCUUGGAAGGAGACAGAGCCAGUCUCAUUAGGCAGAAGAGCGGUCAUGAUGACUCCAGCGAGUAUGAGCACUGCCAUUUCAGAUGUGGUUCUGUAUGUGGAAGAAACCAUAAGCGCUCCACUCCACAGGAUCGGUGGAAGCUUCUGAUGGAUAUUCUCUUUGUUAAGUGUUCACCCAAAUUGACGCAUAAUAUAGAAGAACUGAUCGAAGACUGAAUAGCAGACAUCAACAGACUGUGAUUACUAGAAAAUGAACCUGCACAGCAGCCAUGGACAUUAGAGACAGUCUUUUUAGUCACAUUUGCUCCAUUUGUAGAUUGAAUUUUGUCAAUUAAUUCAAGUGAAAAAAUAUAUUAUAUUGUAUGAGUAACAAAAUAAACAGAAAUUAUUUAUAUUGAACAUAUUGUGUUAAAAUAUUUACAACAUCAGAGUCAUACUCUUGUAUGUUGUGCACUAUACUAUUGUAAUCUGUAAAUUGUAAAUAUAAGAUUUAUAUUUUGUUCUA